AUAAACAGCCAUUGUCGUUCUUCUUCUUCCUUCUGAUUCAAAUAAAAGAGAGAGAGAAGUUUGUGAAAACUUUAGCAGAGAGAAUAAACAAAACAAUAAUAACAGCUCCGCCGUACUUCGCCUACCGGAGAAAAAAAUACAUCAGUCUUCUUCUUUUGCCAAUCCAAAAUAAAAGAUUUUUUAAAAUUAAAAACAGUCUCUUUCUUUCUUUCUUUGUCUAUACUUUUUUUUUUGUUUUUUGGGUUAAGGGGUUUGAUUAUUCUGUCUGUACCCAUGUUCUGCAACAGUUGAGCAAGUGCAUGCCCCAUAUCUUUCUACUUCUCAUUUCCCGACCUUCUCCAUUAACUGGGAUCUCUGUUCGAAGAAGAAGAUCUCUCUGUUCUUAAGCUGAAACGACACCACCUCUUGUCGUUUUAGUUAUAGCUCGAGAUCUGUGUUUUUUUUUUUUUCCCUUUUUCUUGGCUUCUGAGCUUUUAAGCGGUGGUGGGUUUUUCUGGAGAAAACCAAAGGACAAUUAAAGUUUUUUUUUUUUUAAUGGGGAAGUAACUGGAGUACAAGUUAUGAAGGAGUUGAAGAUUCGAAGAAGCGGCUUUGAAGUCGGCGAGACUAAGAUUGCGAGCUUAUUUGGCUGAUUUUGUGAGGAGGGGAGAAGAAAAAAUCAGUCUUUGUUAAAUUUUUAUUUUAGGGGUUUUUUAAGAUUGUGAAAAGAUUUGGUUGGUGAAUGGGUGGGAGGUGGAGGGAAACAGUUAAAAAAAGUUAUGCUUUUUUGUGUCUCUUCCUCAUAAUUACAUUUCGGCGUCUUGAAAUCUUGGAUCUUUGAAGAAACAAACUUGGAAGUUUUUGUUUUUGCUUUUAUAAGUUGUCAAAAAUGAGAUUAUCUUCAGCUGGGUUUAAUCCUCAACCUCAUGAAGUUACAGGAGAGAAAAGAGUUCUUAAUUCUGAGCUCUGGCAUGCUUGUGCUGGCCCUCUUGUCUCGUUACCUCCUGUUGGAAGCAGAGUUGUGUAUUUUCCUCAAGGUCACAGUGAACAGGUCGCUGCUUCGACCAAUAAAGAAGUGGAUGCUCAUAUACCAAACUAUCCUAGCUUGCAUCCGCAGCUUAUCUGUCAGCUUCACAAUGUCACAAUGCAUGCUGAUGUGGAGACUGAUGAAGUCUAUGCACAGAUGACUUUACAACCGUUGAAUGCGCAAGAGCAAAAAGAUCCUUACCUUCCGGCGGAAUUAGGUGUCCCGAGUAGACAACCUACAAACUAUUUCUGUAAAACUCUGACUGCUAGUGAUACAAGCACUCAUGGAGGUUUCUCUGUGCCUCGCCGAGCUGCUGAGAAAGUUUUCCCUCCCUUGGAUUACUCACAACAGCCUCCAGCUCAAGAGUUGAUGGCGAGGGAUCUGCAUGAUAACGAAUGGAAGUUCAGGCAUAUAUUCCGAGGCCAACCAAAGAGACAUCUCCUUACUACGGGUUGGAGCGUAUUUGUAAGUGCUAAAAGGCUUGUUGCUGGCGACUCUGUGCUUUUCAUCUGGAAUGAUAAGAAUCAAUUGCUUCUUGGUAUAAGACGAGCCAACCGACCACAAACUGUCAUGCCUUCAUCUGUUUUGUCAAGUGACAGUAUGCAUUUAGGCCUUCUUGCUGCAGCAGCUCAUGCUGCCGCCACAAACAGCCGAUUCACCAUCUUCUAUAAUCCAAGGGCAAGUCCAUCAGAGUUUGUUAUACCCCUGGCUAAGUAUGUGAAAGCGGUUUAUCACACUCGCGUCUCUGUUGGCAUGCGGUUUAGGAUGCUGUUUGAAACCGAAGAAUCAAGUGUUCGUCGGUACAUGGGUACAAUAACUGGAAUUUGUGAUCUGGAUCCUACUCGUUGGGCUAAUUCUCAUUGGCGGUCCGUUAAGGUUGGGUGGGACGAGUCUACUGCAGGAGAGAGGCAACCAAGGGUUUCCUUGUGGGAGAUUGAACCUUUAACGACAUUCCCAAUGUAUCCAUCUCCUUUCCCUCUCAGGCUUAAACGUCCGUGGCCUCCUGGUCUCCCAUCUUUCCAUGGCCUUAAAGAAGAUGACAUGAGUAUGAGUAUGAGUUCGCCGCUUAUGUGGGAUCGUGGACUCCAAUCUUUAAACUUUCAAGGUAUGGGAGUAAACCCGUGGAUGCAGCCGAGGCUUGAUACUUCAGGCUUGCUUGGUAUGCAAAACGACGUUUACCAAGCAAUGGCUGCAGCUGCACUUCAAGACAUGAGAGGCAUUGAUCCUGCAAAGGCUGCUGCUUCACUUCUUCAGUUCCAAAAUUCUUCAGGAUUCUCGAUGCAAUCUCCCUCCUUAGUGCAACCGCAGAUGCUGCAGCAGCAACUCUCUCAGCAGCAGCAGCAACUCUCUCAGCAGCAGCAACAGCUCUCCCAGCAGCAGCAGCAACAAAUCUCUCAGCAGCAGCAACAGCUCUCUCAGCAGCAGCAGCAGCAACAGCAACAGGCGUAUCUCGGCGUUCCUGAAACCCACCAGCCUCAGUCUCAGGCUCAAUCACAGUCAAACAAUCUUCUUUCUCAACAGCAGCAGCAGCAAGUAGGGGAUAAUCAUAAUCCGUCUGCAUCCAGUCCUGCUGUUGUUUCCGCUAUGUCUCAGUUUGGUUCCGCUUCUCAGUCCAACACAUCACCACUCCAGUCCAUGGCUUCUCUGUGUCAUCAACAAAGCUUCUCCGACACCAAUGGAGGAAACAAUCCUAUUUCCCCGCUUCACAGUCUUCUCAGUAACUUCUCUCAAGACGAGUCGUCUCAACUGCUCAACCUCACUAGGACUAACUCUGCAAUGACAUCAUCUGGUUGGCCAUCAAAGCGGCCUGCAGUUGAUUCAUCGUUCCAGCACUCUGUACCUGGUAACAACACUCAAUCCGUAAUGGAGCAAUUGGGACAGUCCCACACAAGCAACGUUCCUCCUAACGCUGUCUCGUUGCCUCCAUUUCCUGGUGGUAGAGAGUGCUCAAUCGAACAAGAAGGAAGUGCCUCAGACCCGCAUAGCCAUCUUCUCUUCGGAGUCAACAUAGAUUCAUCCUCUCUUUUGAUGCCGAACGGAAUGUCAAACCUUAGAAGCAUUGGCAUUGAAGGAGGCGACUCCACGACUUUACCCUUCACAUCAUCUAAUUUGAACAACGACUUCUCGGGUAAUCUUGCAAUGACGACGCCUUCCAGUUGUAUAGAUGAAUCAGGUUUUCUACAAUCCUCAGAAAACCUUGGUUCCGAGAACCCACAAUCUAAUACCUUUGUGAAGGUGUACAAGUCAGGGUCCUUUGGGAGAUCGUUAGACAUAUCAAAAUUUAGCAGCUACCACGAGCUGCGAAGCGAGCUAGCUCGCAUGUUUGGCCUGGAAGGCCAAUUAGAAGACCCUGUGAGAUCAGGCUGGCAGCUUGUAUUUGUUGACCGAGAGAACGACGUUCUUCUCCUCGGCGAUGACCCUUGGCCGGAGUUUGUGAGCAGCGUGUGGUGCAUUAAGAUACUGUCACCACAAGAAGUGCAGCAAAUGGGUAAAAGAGGACUUGAGCUUCUCAAUUCCGCGCCAUCUUCCAACAAUGUCGAUAAGCUCCCGAGCAACGGGAACUGCGAUGACUUUGGGAACAGGUCAGACCCGAGGAAUCUCGGUAACGGUAUCGCAUCAGUAGGGGGUACAUUCAACUACUAGAAGUAGAAAGAACACCCCUUUUUUUUUUUAAUCCAAGUUAAGUUUCAAUCUUAUAAAUUAGUAGUGAGAUCCUCUUUAGUUUUAAUUACUAGCAAAAUCUCUCUUUAUAACUUAUAAAAAAAAAGGGAGUUCUGCCUUUGCCUUUGUGGAAACAAGAAACUAUAUAAUCAAUCCCUCUGUCGUAAUACUGUAAUUAUAAGAUCUUUUGGUCUUUUUUUUUUUCUUUCUUAUAUGAAUAUUUCUACUGAACUCUUCUUGUAUGUCACUUUCUUUACUCAGUUCUUCAAUCAAUAUGAUAGUGAAGUGUUGCUUUGGAGUUAUAUUAA